AUGGAGUUUGACACCUCUGCUCUAGCUCAUGUUCAGUCAGCUUCAUCCCUCAUGUUGGGAGCAAUGGAUCUAGAGAGUUGCAUGAGCGAAGGUGGUAAGAAUGACCGGGCAGGAGUCAUGCUGCUUCUGAUGCUGAUGCUCUUCUGGCUCCUGGCUCCAACUACAGCACAGAGGCUGCAAAACAUAUCUGUGUUCAGGGAUUAUGUACAGUUAGAGGAAAGUAACUACAGGCCUGGGGAUCUCAUUAUUGGUGGGAAUUUGCCCUUGCGAAUGACUUUAAAGCCUCCUGCCCUAGAUUUUAAUACAGUGAAUCUUCUUUUAGAAACUGUUCUCGUACCCAGUAACUACCAGCAGUUCCUUGCAUUGAUGUUUGCUGUCUCUGAGGUCAAUAAGGAUUUUCUUCUGCUCCCCAACAUCACCCUUGGCUUCCACAUCUACCGCCAUUUCCAGAGGGAGGAGAUUAUUUCCUUAAACAGCCUCUCCAUGCUCGGCUCACGAGGCCAAGUGGUUCCAGGUUACAAAUGUGACCUGCGGGACACUCUGCUCUCCGUCAUUGGUGGUCUCAGUGCCAAGUCUUCAAUGGAGAUGGCCUCCAUCUUCAGCAUCUUUAAGGUCCCACAGAUUCUUCCCUAUUUGAGGAAUGUGCAGUUCAACAACAGUGCUGGAGAUGAAGUCUCCUUCUCAGAAGAUGGACUGGGAUCUGCUCGUUAUGAUCUUCUCAACUGGGUUUUCCUCCCCAAUCAAUCUUUUGUCCCCAUGAAGGUUGGGCAAGUAAAUCCUGAGGCUCCCCCAGGCCAGGAUUUCACCGUUAAAUCUGAUGGCAUUGUCUGGGCCACAAAGACCAUCCCCAUUGCCAGGUGUGGCAUGAAGAGGUGCCAUGCAGGAGAGAGGAGGAGAGUUCCAGAGGGCAAGCAGGUUUGCUGCUACCAAUGUGACCCUUGUCCAGAAGGGACCAUUUCUAAUCAGACAGAUGCAGCUCACUGUGAACCCUGCCCAGAAGACCAAUUUCCCAACAAGGACAAGGACCACUGCAUUACCAAGAAGAUCCACUUCCUUGCCUAUCAAGACACCCUGGGAUACAUUUUAGUUUUUCUCACUCUUUUCCUCUCUGUGAUCACUUCUGUAGUCCUGGUGAUUUUCUAUAAACAUCAUGACACACCAAUUGUCAAGGCUAACAAUCGAGAUCUCACCUACAUCCUCUUGUCCUCCCUCCUGCUCUGCUUCCUCUGCUCCUUCCUUUUCAUUGGUCAGCCAGGGAAGAUCACCUGUCUCUUCCAACAAUCUGCCUUUGCCAUUCUCUUUGCCCUGGCAGUUUCCUCCGUCUUGGCAAAAACUGUCAUGGUAGUUCUGGCCUUCAUGGCCACCAAGCCUGGAAACAGGUCAAGGAAACUCUUAGGAAAACCACUGACCAACUCCAUUGUCAUAGCCUGUCCCCUGAUCCAAGCAGUCCUUUGUGCCACCUGGCUGGGAACCUCUCCCCCGUUUCUUAACUUGGACUUCCACUCCUUGUUUGGAGAGACCAUCUUGGAAUGUAAGCAAGGCUCAGCUGUAAUGUUUUACGGUGUCCUCUCUUACCUAGGACUUUUGGCCCUUGUCAGUUUCACAGUGGCAUUUCUAGCUAGGAAAUUGCCUGAUAGUUUUAAUGAAGCCAAGUUCAUUACUUUUAGCAUGCUGGUCUUUUGCAGUGUUUGGAUCUCCUUCCUCCCCACCUACCUGAGCACCAAAGGGAAGUCCAUGGUGGCUGUGGAGAUCUUCUCCAUUUUGGCCUCUGGAGCUGCUCUCUUGGCUUGUAUCUUUUUCCCCAAAUGCUUCAUUAUUCUAUUGAGGCCAGAUCUGAAUUGUAGAGAAAAUAUAAGAAAGCAAAAUUGAAGCGCCUGGGAGUUGACAGUUAUCACCAUCUCUACCCGACGUUCUCAAAACAUCUUUGGACCUUGGGAUUGGCUCAAUGUUGAACUGGACAU